AUGGCGGCUGUCUGCGGGCUCGGAGCGAUAGCAUCACCUAUUUUAAAGCAAUUAACCGUGGUCCAUGGUCAGUGGAGAGCACAUGCCUGCUUAAGAUUUUACUCAACGUCUCACGCAAGGCUGGGUUUACUCCAAAGGGUAAAUGACAAGUAUGAGCGUUUCUUGGAACAUCGUUUCCCUCGGUUUUACGUUCUGUACCAUACCUUCAUGAGAGGAUUUCAGCUCCUGUUUGAAGAUAUUCGAGAGGUAAGGAGAAUAAAAAGGAGUAUGUGUCGUAACAACAUCCAGUACAGGCAGUUGCCAUAUCGAGAUAUGGAGAGGCUCAUGAUGUUUCGUAAAGACAUGAUAAAAGCCAUUCCUCUUGCUGUGAUAUCGCUCCCUCCCUUUGCUGUCUGUCUGGUCUUCGUGCUGAUGUACUUGUUUCCACGCCAGCUCCUCUUUCGACACUUUUGGACUCCACAGCAACAGAGAAAAUUUCUGAAUAUCGAACAUGCACAGAGAUCAUGCCACCAUGAGGAGAUUAUGAGAAGUGUUGCCUGGACAAUACCGUUGGUCAAGGAGUGGCCUCAGCGUAGCAUGCUCCUGAACCUCUGCAGCAAGGUACAGAGUGGUGCCCAUCCCAGUGUGUCAGACAUCCAGGCUGUAGGCAGGGUCUUCUCUGGCCCGCCCUUAGGAAUGAUGUCAUUGGAAUCCAGUCACAUGAGGUUGCUGUGUUCUCCAUUGCUGCUGACUCAGUGGUUACCUGCUUUCCUGCUGCGGAGGCGGCUGGUGUCUAAGUCCCUAGACCUGCUGUAUCUGGAUCGAGCUCUGGUCUCUCUGGGCCUCGAGCAGCUCAGCGAUAAAGAGGUCAUACAGGCUUGUUACCUUAGAGGUCUCAACUCCAGCAGGUUGAACAGCAGCCAGUGUAGAGACUGGCUCCAUCAAUGGCUACAGCUUUCUUCUCGGGUUAAAGAUUCUGAAACCUCUCUACUAUUACACAGCAUGGUCUUACUUACUAUCAAUUAUCCAAAAUCCUGAAGAAUGAAGGAACAGAACUGUUGUCCUACCCGCAGUCAUUCAGAAAAGGAGGAUCAUGAAUAACCACAUGAUGACAUUUACAUGUACAGAUACCUUACUCAGAACCAGGUCUCAGCUUAACAAGUUUGAAACAGAGUCUCAGACUAGGCUUCACUUACAUCAUAAAACAUUCCAGUGAAAACAGAUAACUGCAAAAACAUCAACAUUUGCUGUUGCUUUCAUGCAAAAAAAGGAAACGUACUUGAUCCAUUAGAUACAUAUAAACUCGCACUGAAUGCUCUUAAACCGAAAAAAAGCAA